UGCUGGCAGUAAACUCAGGAACUGCUCGUGAAACAGCGUGUCAGGGCGUUUUUAAAGAUCUUUAAAGUGCCUUCGACUUCGAGUUAAGCUUAACAUUUCGCUCUAGAGGAAAAACUUUGUUUUUUUUUUAUUUUUUAGAUAAAAAAGCAAAUCAAUAACGCGUUUUUUUUUCCCUUUUGAAGAGCUCAACAACAAUGAAACCUCAGGACAUCUUACAGUUGAAGGGUAGCUUGUGGGUAUUUGGUUAUGGAUCUUUAGUAUGGAAACCUGACUUUGUCUACCAGAAGAGUAAAAUAGGCUACAUCAAUGGCUACAAAAGGCGUUUCUGGCAGGGAGAUGACUUCUAUCGAGGAGACAAGGAAAAUCUUGGAAGAAUAGUGACCCUGGUGGAGGAUCAGGAUGCUUCUACAUGGGGCGUGGCCUUUGAAAUCGCAAACAGUCAGAUACCUGAGGCUAUGAAGUACCUGAACAUGAGAGAAGUGGUGGUGGGAGGAUACAUAACAGAGAUGGUGGAGUUCUUCCCUCAGGAGAGGGGCGAGGACACCAUCCACGCCUUGGUCUACAUCGCUACAUCCGACAACCCCACUUACCUGGGCCCCGCCUCGGACCAGGAGAUCGCUGACCAGAUCGCGUCCUGCAGUGGCAAGACGGGCAGCAACCUUGAAUAUCUGCUCGGGCUUGCUGACUUCAUGCGUCUCCACUGCCCCAAGGUGGAGGAUGACCACCUUUUCGGCAUCGAAAAGGCCGUUUUAAACAAUUUAAAGAACUCUGAAACAAAACUCACCAUGGGAUCAAACUAAAUGACUUCAAGCACUUUACAUUAUUAUGCAGUUUCAAUGCAGUUUAAAAUGACCUUUCCAGAUAUUUUAACUCAAUUAUUAGAGUAUUUCAUUUUCAUAUUUAAUGUGUUGCCUUUAUUUUACUUUAUGAAAUUUUAUAUUUACUGUAUACUUAUUAUAUUCCCAAAAAAAUGCCUUAAUCAAACAGUGCUCUGAGUCUUGUGUGAAUGGAAUUCUCUAUAUGAUAUGGUCUGUCGUGCACGUGCAGCUCACAUGUCCAACUCAUGUGCAUGUAAAUGUCCCGUCUGGGAAGUGAUGACUACUUUUCGGAACUGCAGGGUAGUACUUUGCACGCAAACACUGCUUGAAGGCAGCCUAUGUGUCUAUAUGAUUUAUUAUGUUGAGAGGGCAUUAAUAUUUAAUAAAUAUAGUAAUGCAUGUCACAGCAAAUGAAA